AUGAGCGAGCUGAAAGGCGGUGCUUGGGAUGGGCUGAAAAUUGUCACCGAGGGGGCCGUGAACAAGGGCCCCCGCGAGAGCGAAUCAUCGCUGAGCAUGGCCUCCUGCACGGAAGAGGAUUCACUGGACACCGAGGCGCUCGCAGCACCCGACCAGCCCUCCGAGUUCUGA